AUGGCCCCGACGUCCCCGUCGCUGGAAAAGCACGGGAUCCAACGAGCAGCCCCUCCGACCACCAGAGGGUAUAGGUCAGAGGGCCUGUGCGGCGGCCCGGGCAGCGCGCGCGGACCGCGAGGGGAGGCGGCCACAAGCGCGGCGCGGGCUCGCUCCGUUCCCCCCGGCGCCCGCGGCUCGGACGGCGCUGACCACGGAGGCUCCCGUCCCCGCACGCAGCGCCUGGGGCCGCCGAGCUGGGUCGCAGGCACCCUCGACCCGGGGGAGAGCGAGGGUGACCGGGACAGGACGGUAGCCCCGGGCCGGCCGGGCCGCCCUGCGGGGACACCAGCGCGCGCCGGGGGCCCCCCGACCUCACGCGGCCCAGGGGCCGGGACGCGGCAGCGGAGUGGGGAGGGGGCGGCAGCGGAGUGGGGAGGGGGCCGCCGCCGCGCGCCGCGGGGAGCAAGGCCGGGGCCCCAGGGCGGCAGGUGCCGGCACGGCCCGCACAGGCAGCCCUCCCGCCGCCGGCGACCCCCGCCCCGCAGCCCCCCACCUCGCACUUACGCAGCCGGCGGCCCGGGCCCGGAGCGGGAGCCAACGGCCUGGCGGGCGGCGGGGCGGAGCAGCCUCUGCGACCGCUCCCCCUACUCAGAGCGGGCGCUUCCGACCCGCGGCCGCGCCGGCACCCUCCUGCGCAUGCUCGGGGCGGUCCGGGCCGGCAAUCCCUCGGAUUCCCGCGGCUCUGCGGGCGCGGGCGCGGGGGGCGGCCGUCCCCGCGCCCCGCCGGCCCCUGCGCCCCGGAGACCAACCCCCGCGGGCACUAGCGUGGAGAACUGCCCGCGGCUGGACGAGGGCCGCUUCUGCACACCGGAACGGGGAUCACCGCUGCAGGAGGCCAGCAGGGCUCCACGCAAUCAGGGAGCAGAAAACAUUCUGAGGCCCAAGUUCCACUUCGAUGACGUCACGCGCUACUCAUACAGCUUUGGGACAGGGUGUCCGCGCGCCCAGGCCGACCGGGAGGGACUCACUCACCCACCUGAGCGCGUCUCUCCCGUCCAGUCCACUGCCCUGGCGGAGCCACUCCGCCUCGAGCCCGCGAAGAACGGCCUCGGCCCGCGCUGGGCAGCGGCGGCGUCCCGGAAGGCCGAAGUCGCGGGAGCCGACGCGGGGCAGAGCCGGGGCCCCGCACCCGGGCCACCCCGAAGCUGCUUCCAGGCCUCACAGGCCCCGCGAGGACCCGGGAGCAUCCGCGACCGACGAGGCUCCCGGCGCGGGCCCUGCGGAGGGCGACCGCGGCCCCCGGGGCAGGAGCUCUCGGGCGAGGUCCCUGCGGGGGGCGGGGCGGCGGGGUGGCCGUCGCCUCCCGGCGCACGGGGGCAGGGGAGAGGCGGGGAGGUGGCGCCGGAAGCGGGGAGGCAGCGCGGGGGCCAGCCGGGUCCCGGACCGCCGCGCCGCGCCCCCGCGCGGACUCGCGCGCCCCCGGGAAGCCGAGCGGAUCGACCCGCUCUGCGAGUGAGCGACGGAACGGGCCGCAGAGCCCGCCGCGGUGGACAGCGGCUCCCCGCGGGGCUCCCAACCGACCCCUCAACGCCUCCGUUCGCGCACCGCGCCCCCCGCCACGCCCCCAGCGCGCCCGUCCGCGCUCCCACGGGCUGCGCGGAAAUCCCGGAGCAGUGGAUUCCGCGAGCCCGCGCCGGCGGGAGUGCGCAUGCUCCGGAUCCGGCCGCCGCGGGGCGUUCUACUGCCGCGGUCCGGGGGACGGCUGUGACAGCCUCUGGUGGGCGACGGGAGCCAGGCCCGCCCGCGCCCCCACAGCUCCUCCCGCAGGACCACAGUCGGGUCGGCUGCUCCCGGCCCCCUGCAACAACCCCGCUCCCCGAGGAGAGCGGCUCCCGCUCGGAAGCCCCUGCGGGCUGGAGGGCCCGCGACGAGCGGCCGGAAGUGACGAGCGCGCGCGAGCCCCGCGGUUCCGGUCCCGUCGCCCUGGAAACCGAGCCCCGCCUACCGUCGCGAGCGCGUCGGCCGCUGCCGGGUCCCCGCGCGGGUCGGCGCGCCGCGGGCGGGAGGGGACCCGAGGCCUUCCGUGGGGGCGCGCGGUUCUGCCGCCCGGAGUACGCGGGCCCCUGCGCGCGGGGGGAGCCUCGGACAGCCGCCGCCGGGAGCCGCGGCCCUGCCCCGGGUCUGAGCUCUCCGUGCGCUCCCCCGGCGCAGGGCCCCGCGCGCUCCUGCCGGAACACCGGCUCCUCGUCCGCGGAGAGCCGGUCCGCUGGGGGCACUGCCGUCGCGGAGAACCCGCACGGGCCGUGGAAGGACUCCCGGCGUCCUUCCCCGAUCUGUGUCUUCUCCGGAGGGACGGAGAGGUGCGUGGUAUACCCCACUCGUGUGCCGGCGCAUAAGUAUACCCCAGUCGUGUGCCGGCGCAUAAGUAUACCCCAGUCGUGUGCCGGCGCAUAA